UACUCAAAAUUUGUCACUUGUGCAGCUCAAUAUAAAAUGCCAAAAUAAAGAAAAUGAAAAAAUGUUGAAAGGUCCUACAUUAACGUAAAAGGGAAAACGGUAGUGAAAAUUGUAGAACAUUUGCGUUUUUUUCUUUUGAACUGCUACUAAAAUUGUUCUCACAUCAAGAACAAAAUACUUACGUACCGCAAUAUUGAACAGCGGAACAUAUAAGUGCAAUUCUGGAAAUUACGUAUUGAAUGCUUUAACCUUCUGCGUUUUGCAAAUUUUGGCGAAAGCUCGAAGUCGGUCUGCUGGGUGACGUUGAAUAAGGACUAGUAGAGGGGAAGGAUAAAAAAUAAUUGAGUUUCCUUUGUUGCUCUGUUGAUCGCAGUUCGAAACAAGAUGGCAAAAGACAACAACAAUAUCAACAUAACGGAUGAGUUAACCAGUGGAUGUGGUGGUUCUAGUACUGCGGAGACUAUCAAACAAAAUAAUAGAACAAAUCAGCAGCAAUCGGACGUUAACAGUGGUAGAACCAAUGGUUUGAUGAACUCCCACUCGGAUGGAAUCAGUGAUUCACAGCAUUCUGUAGGCAGUUCACAGCGGCAAACAGAAAGUGAAUCCGCCGGAGCUGUGCCGGACUUGCCACGACGAGAGGAGAAUCCGUUUUCUUUCAAACAUUUUCUAAAACGGGACUCGUCGCUAGGAUGUAGUGUGGCGUCUUCUACUGCUACGGUCGCCGGGACUGUGAUUAAUGGGACCAACAUCAAUCACAGUCGUAGUACCUCUAACAUUAACGGGAACAAUAACAACAACUUCAUAGAUGGUAGCAACAACAGUAGCUCAAACAGCGCAAUCAUCAAUCCAGGAACGAGCGGAGCAUCUCCAUCAAAAUCGGCAACCACCAGCUCACUACAUAACACUAGUACUACUGGAGCAAAACCGAAAAUUCCUCAGUUCCAGUCCGUGAAUACACUUAGCAGCGAGUCCAAAAUGAAGCGUUCACCACGUUUUCCGUCCUUCGAUUCACAGUCAAGCUUAUCGGACUUAGCGGACGAUAAAUUCAUGGCUAACAUCUACCACAGUCGUAGCAAUAACUCCUUCAACUCCGAAUACCCGCUGGGCGGGACUGGAUCAAUUUCGGCCGGAUCGCAGUAUGUUCAACGUUCAUACUCAAAUUAUGAUAUGGAAUCUCCCGGUUCAGUGGAUUCUCCUCGGUUAGUUGGUUCACAAAAUCUACACAACUCGCCAAAUUUUAGUGGCAGGAGUCGCGAAAAUCUGUCAUCAUCUCACCGGUUAGGGACUUCCGAAUUCUCAGCCGCUCUACCGGAUUUUGUGCAAGAUCAUCUCGUCAUGGAAGAGUGGUACAAUACGAAGGGGUCACCAAAAAGUGUCUCUCCCGUUUCGGUAGAUUUUGAUCAACUACCAGAUUUCGCCGUUAACAGUUUGGACCCGGAAUCGAGCGGUAGAGGGCAUGGUCCCAUCAUCAAUGAUAUACCAUUUGAUUUGACAUACAGCUCGGUUGCAAAUGCUGGUUCGACCAGCUCAGCAUGCACAAGUGGACUUGGAUCAUCAUCGAACCGUAACCGAACUCCUCUGCGCAACACUUCACCAAACGUCCCGUUGGAUUUGCCCCCUCAGAAUUUAGAAUUUUCAUUCGAUCUUCCUCGGAGACGAAUAAAUCCGGCGCAUGCAGCAGCAGAACUUCCUCCUGAUUUAACCGAAAACAGUGCUUCGGGGCAAGGUUCAAGGUUUGGCUUUGAUAUGGAUCGCAAUCAUUCGCCGCCACCUUCCGGUUCUGCUGCCGAUAAAAUACAUCGUCUGCCAGAUUUCCUGUCUGACGGCCCCAUUCAUUCAUCGGGUCGGCUAGCCGACGUUACUCACGAUACCCCACAUUUCAACUCGCCGGAUGCCGAUGCCCAUCACCAUCAGCAGCAGAGGUUGCAGCUUGAGCGGCAAGAAAAUGAGCGGUUGCGACGGGAAAUCGACGACAAUCGGCGGGUUAUGGCCGAUCAGGCCCGCCGAAUUAAAGAUCUAGAAAACUCGCUAGAAUCGGCAAAGAGUAGUGCCUCUUUGGCACAGACUGUCGAAGGAAUUGAGGAAAAUUUGGACAAAAGCUAUCUUCGAGCUGCCACUGCCGAAUCUCAGGUUAUCAAGUUGAGGCAGAAAAUCAAACGAUUGAAUUCGGAAAUCGAAGGUCUACGGCAAGAGAACGAGCUUCUAAAGGAAGAAGGUGCCGUUGGGGGAGCAGACGCUGGAAUAAAUGACGGUGCAUGCGGUGGCGUUUCCGGCGGAGGAUCCAGAAGCUAUAGCGGGCGACUUGCUUCUUCACGUCGUCCGUUUUCGCGUGCCCUGGAGCUCUCACGGGAAUUGCGACAGGCGGCGGCUUCGGCGGAAAACAAUCUACGGCAACUGCUGACCGGUGUCGAUAACUUGCGCAUGAUGGCCAGUACGAUCGAAAAUAUCGAUCGUAUCGACAUUAGCCAUUCGGAAGAGUUCCUCUCCGACAGUGACGACAACGAUCUACUUGGUCCGGCAUUGUAAGACUGCUGGUAGUUUGGUUUUCGAUCUGUAUGAGGCAAGACAGAUAACUGUUUUGAUUUGUUGUCACUUAAAAGCGAUUUUGGUUUGCUGAGAAUUUAGUCGAUUUGUUUGUUAUUUAGUCUGUGUUAACACCCGUAGUUAACAUGAACUGGAAGUAGGUGCACUAGCCUAACAAAAAAAAAUGAGAAAAAUUACUUUUUCUGUGAUGUAUGUUUCGUUUAGCUAUUGGUUUUACGAUUGUGUUAGAGAAAACUAUUGUGGAUUCUAUCCAUUUGAAUUUUGAAUUGUCCUCUUAGUCAACAGGGAAGUACCCGUCUGUUUCAGUUUUGUUACUGAUUUUUUGUUUGUAUAUUGCAACAGGCCUACCGACUAUUCCGUUAUAGUUGUAAACCAAAGCUUUCCCCCGUAGAAUUUGCGCAUAUCAACAGCAUUCUUGGCAGUUUUCUUAGAUAACACAAACCAACAGCGGUACAAGAUAGUUUUUCAAUAUGAUUGUGAGUCCGAUUUUGUUAUAUUCCUAGCUAGCAUACACGAGAGAGUUUUGCAGUAGAAACAUUACUCAAAAUAGCUAACAUAGAAAAGAAUAGAUCAAAAUACUGCGCACAGACAAAAGCAUAAUCCAUAAGGGAGAUUCUUAAUGACUAUUUCGCCAGAUGUCUUUCCAUUUGCUACAUUUGAUAGGUGAUGUUCGACUUUUCCUCACUUGUACAGCCAUGCGGUAGUGAAAAGACUGACCGAAACAAGUAAAACAGGAAGCAAAUAGAGAAACGACUGUAAAGUUACAUCUCCAUAAAUUCUCUCGAGUUCACGUAGAUAUCGUCGAGGAAGGAUCGGGCAAAACAUUGAACAGCCUGCCUAGCAGACACCAAAUCCAUACCCAACUACUCAUUCAAAAGCAGAUUGCGAUGUACAACAAACAAAACACAACAUUCACGCACUCUAACCGAACAUAAUGUAUAACAGAAACUCAUAUUCUAUAGCUAUAUUGUAAAUUAUGAAUGCCUAUUCGUUGUUUAGGUUUUAUGCUGAAAUGGACAUGUAAAAAUCAAAAUCUACUAAUGAUCAUUGUCGAAA